AUGCGGCGGCAGCAGGGCAUGCGACUCGACGACAGGUACGUUUUGUACUUGCAGAUGGUGGGAUUAUACCAUCUUGCGAGACUGAACGAUAGAUGGUUCAGAUUGGAUGAGCCCUUUGUCAGUGCUUUCGUUGAGCGGUGGCGUCCGGAGACGCACAUAUUUCACAUGCCGUUCGGGGAGUGCACGAUCACACUACCAAGAAUUGCUUGGUGUAGGGGUGUUUAUGGAUCGGAUCCAAUCCUCAUAUCCGCGGAGACGUUCGAAAAGUGCCCCGAGGGAGCCGACAAGGAGACAGUCAGGCGCUAUGCUCGUGCCUAUAUCAUGAUGCUAUUGGGCAUUCAGCUGUUUGCCGACAAGCCCGGCAAUCGUGUUCACAUUAGGUGGCUACCCUACGUGGCUAGGAUUGAGGAGAUGGGUGGCUACAGCUGGGGGUUAGCAGCACUAACGUGGUUGAACCGGUGCAUGUGCCGAGUGACCAACAGACAUGUGGUGAAGUUAGCCGGCCCGUUACAGUUACUUCAGUCUUGGAUCUUUUGGCACUUUCCUGGGUUUAGACCUGCUGGGUAUGAUAUGUUCAGCUGGCCCUUGGCCUCGAGGUGGGCAGGUCACAAUCCUUCCGCUAGCAAGAAGGGACCUUGGGUGCAGAUGUGGAGGCUGAGGAUAGACUUGUUACAGGCUGGAGAUUUUAUUUGGAUGCCGUAUAGCUCUCCCGACGUCCUUCAGGUUAUGCAUCUGGAGGUGUUGGAGCCUCAUCAUACGGCGUUAUGGCGGUGUGUGACGGCAUUGAUAUAUUUUACCGUCAUAGAGUGGCAUCAUGUUGAUCGGGUGCUACCGCAGUUCGGUGGAGUAUAG